AUGUCAACUUCGUCACGACGGCGGAGAUCGCCUUUAGAACGCUCUUCGUCGCGAUCGUCUUCCUCCGCAUCCUUGUCUUCCUCGUCUUAUGCGUCGUGGGCAUCAACCACUUCUCCGCCUUCUCGCCUGAGGCCACCCCCCCCCUCAAGCUCAAGCUCAACAUCAACAUCAACAUCAACAUCAUCAUCGCGAGCACGCACAACGACCGUGUCCACCUCUCACGUCUUCCUCUUUCUCGUCGCCUUCCGUCUGCUCAACGCCUUGUCCCUUCGCACCUUCUUCCAACCCGAUGAAUUCUUUCAAUCGCUUGAACCGGCGUGGCAGACUGCGUUCGGCGAAACCCACGGGGCUUGGAUAACAUGGGAAUGGCGACACCAUCUGCGAUCCUCCAUUCAUCCUCUACUAUUUGCUACCGUUUAUUCCAUCGCCGACCUUGGCGCGCGCGUUCUUCGUCUCUCCCCCGCAUUCCGUGCUGAUCUCCUCAUUGUCGCCCCGAAAGUGGCGCAAGCCGUUCUCUCUGCCAUUGGAGAUCUGUAUACGUGGAAAUUAGCCCGUUACGUGUACGGACGUCGCAGUGAUGAAGCCUGGGCUGCUCUUGCCUUGACCGUCCUCAGCCCUUGGCAAUGGUUCUGUUCGACACGGACUUUAUCCAAUUGCCUCGAGACCACAAUUACGAUUGUCGCGCUCAAUCUAUGGCCAUGGGAAUGGUCGUCCGAAUCCACACCACCAGUUCAACCGAGGAGGAACACGCGCUCCACUGCGAGGGAUAAUGGGGCAAUUGACACCGGCGAUGGAGCUUUUAUUGUCAGGCUGCGCAAGUGUCUUACUCUUGCUGCAUUUGCGUGUAUCUUGCGACCGACAAACAUCCUGAUAUGGAUGGGCUUAGCUGGCGUCGCAUGGUUUCGGAGCGCUUGGCGCGAGCGGACCAUCCUCUGUCGCGAGGUUUUGCUUUGUGGCGUCACGGUUCUCACCGGAUCAGUCGUUCUGGAUCGCCUUUACUACGGACUUUGGACGUUUCCGCCACUUAGAUUCCUGUACUUCAACAUAUCCCAAUCUCUGGCGGUUUACUAUGGGAGAAAUGACUGGCACUAUUAUGCAACCCAAGGCUAUCCUCUUCUGCUUACGACCGCACUACCCUUUACCCUUGUCGGCCUCUAUCGUACACUGACCCAGUCCCGGUCAACCACAGCAAACACGCAGCACGCGUCGGUGCAAACACAACUGGCAGCGAUUUGCCUAUUCAUGCCGUUGGUGCUCUCGCUCAUUUCCCACAAGGAAGUGCGGUUCAUCUACCCAUUGCUGCCCACGCUGCAUGUCUUGACGGCCCCGCCACUGGUGGACUUCUUUCUCCCGGCUGUCUCUCAUUCAAGCGGGGCAUACAUGCCCAGGCGGCUGUCUCUCGUUUUCUUGUUGCUGGUCAACGUCACCAUUGCGAUCUACACAUCUGUAUACCAUGCCUCUGGGGCCAUCAACGUCCUCUCGUACCUCCGCGACCAGCAGCAAGCCCACACCACUGUUGGCAACUCUCCAUACUCGCCCGGUGCUUCGCAGCGGAUCACGGCCGGGUUCCUCAUGCCCUGCCACAGCACCCCAUGGCGCUCCCACCUUGUCGAUCCGAAUAUUCAUGCCUGGGCGCUUUCCUGCGAACCACCUGUCGACUUGAAUGAGGCUCAGAAGGCCGUAUACGUCGACGAAGCCGAUCAAUUCUACAAUGACCCCAGCCAAUUUCUGCGCAACAACAUGGUUGGCGGACUGCGCCAUUUACCUCGAAAGCCCAGCUAUCUGGCUUCCUCCAAACCUCGAGAAACCAGCCCGCAAGCCUACCAGCAAGCCACCCCGCACGAAUGGCCCGACUAUCUUAUCUUUUUCGCCCCAUUGGAACCCACCCUCCACAGCCUCCUCCGUAGCAGUUCAUACGGCGAGUGUUGGCGUACCUGGAACACCGCCUGGCACGACGACUCUCGUCGCCGAGGCGACAUCAUCGUCUGGUGCCUCGACCCAACUGAACAAGCCGCCUGGCGAUCAGCGACGCGGAAGCGUACCCUUGAGCAUCGCGACCGUCAAUUCGAUCGGAUCGUGGAAACAUUCCGGAAGAACGCUCCUGGUCAGCGGAAAUCCUCUCCUUGGACCCGAUGGAUAUCAUCUCUAUCGGGGCAAUCGGCAUCCUCAUCCUGGUCCUGGCCCUGGGAACAGCGCAGACGGACCUGGCUGGGAAUCCAGUUACCGGUGUGGAAGAAGUCCUCAUGGAACCUUCCCUCAUGGACCUUGCCGAAAUCUUCCAAGAAAAAGACCAGAGCCGUUGAUCGGGAUCUCUGGUCUUAA